GGGCGCGCGUUGCCAGGUGAGCGGCAGAGCCGCGGAGCUUCGGAGCGUCCCGCCGCGGGGCCGGAGCCAACGCGUAAUCAGCCAAACCAGAUCAAGAGGAAGCAGAAUAUUUGAGAAGGUUCCCAGCAUCUCAUGAAUGAACUAACGGAACUCGAUAAUGCUGGUUCUCCAGAGCCAGGUCUGCGGCUCAGAAAAGGACACAUGUCUGACUCUGCAACAGCACAGACAGCUUUUGAAGAGGACAGCUCUGAGCAGAGGCUUCUUUUAGUGGAGCCACUUCUGUCUUCUGAUCAGGAAAAUAGUUCUGAGGAUAAUAACCACAAUGAUGAGUCACCUCAAGAAGAUGAAGGGUUUAUGGGUAUGUCACCUCUUCUACAAGCCCAUCAUGCCAUGGAGAGAAUGGAAGAAUUCGUGUGUAAGGUAUGGGAGGGCCGAUGGAGAGUCAUUCCCCAUGAUGUUCUGCCUGACUGGCUAAAGGACAACGACUACCUGUUGCAUGGACACAGACCACCCAUGCCUUCCUUCCGGGCUUGUUUCAAGAGUAUCUUCAGAAUACACACAGAGACUGGUAACAUCUGGACACAUCUUCUAGGAUGUGUGUUCUUCCUGUGUCUGGGAAUCUUCUACAUGUUCCGGCCAAACAUGUCCUUUGUAGCACCUGUGCAGGAGAAAGUGGUUGUUGGAUUGUUCUUCUUGGGAGCUAUCCUCUGCCUCUCCUUCUCAUGGCUCUUCCACACGGUUUAUUGCCACUCAGAAGGUGUUUCCCGGCUCUUCUCCAAGCUGGAUUAUUCUGGCAUUGCACUUCUCAUAAUGGGCAGCUUUGUACCAUGGCUGUACUAUUCGUUCUACUGCAACCCUCAGCCUUGCUUCAUCUACUUGAUUGUGAUUUGUGUCCUGGGCAUCGCAGCCAUAAUUGUCUCACAGUGGGACAUGUUUGCAACCCCUCAAUACCGGGGUGUGAGGGCAGGAGUAUUUCUAGGUCUGGGUCUUAGUGGGGUUAUUCCCACCCUGCACUUUGUCAUCUCUGAGGGGCUCCUGAAAGCAGCCACAAUGGGGCAGAUAGGCUGGCUGGCACUCAUGGCAUGCCUGUACAUCACUGGUGCUGCACUGUAUGCUGCCCGCAUCCCGGAGAGAUUCUUCCCUGGCAAGUGUGACAUCUGGUUCCACUCCCAUCAGCUGUUCCACGUCUUUGUAGUGGCUGGUGCUUUUGUGCAUUUCCAUGGGGUUUCCAACCUCCAGGAGUUCCGCUUCACAGUAGGAGGAGGCUGCACAGAAGAGGAGGGGAUGCAGUAAGACCAGGCUUCAGUCUGAGAUCAUAAGCAACACAGUGCAGCAGGGGUGGCUGAAGCCUACAGGCUAGCAAAAUGAAUACCUAAGAAGAAUCCAAGUUUCAGCUGAUGGAGCGUGGAGCUUCACGGGGAUUCUGACUAACCGAGAUAAAUUCUAUACCUCAAGCAAUGGAAUAAAUCAAUUUGAAGACCAGGAAAUUCCGAAACCCUAACUUAUUCUUGGGAUCUACAGAUUGAGCUACAGAGGACCCUUUCCAAAUCGGCUUCUGUUCAAUGCCAUAUUUAUUUGUAGAAGUGGGGAGGGCUAGCUUAGCAGUUUCCUUUUUUUAAGAAAAAAAUAAAAAAAAAAAUCGAGGUUAAAUUUAUAUCCUCUUGGAGGGGUUGGGAGUCGAUUUUAGAUGCUCUUUUGGGAGAAAAAGAAAUUGUAAAUAAGAUUUCUAACUUUCUGUUUAAAUAAAAUUUAUAUAAAUGUUUUAAACAACGGGUGGGGAGGGAGGGGAAGGGUUUUGUAAAGAAUGCAACAUGCAAGUACCACACACUGUUUCAAUUUUGCACAAAAAUAAAUGAUUGCAGAAGGACCAGGUAAAAUUCCCAGGAGUGAAUCAUGUUGGCCGUGCAGGUUUUCCUGAUGGUCAGCAUGCCCUGGGCAAUGCAGGGUCCUGGCCAGGGCUUGGGGCGGGUUCAGUACAUGUGCACAGAUAGCUGGGAAGGCUGCAGUCAUCGAGCUGACAUCCAGCUCACAGUGUUAGCAAGUUCCAGUCGCGUAGCUCGAAAGGUAAGUCUGCACCAUGCCCAAGUGCAUGGGACAACUGCCUUCCAAGCCUGCCUGGCCUGCGUGGCUUUGGAUCUCACAGCGAGCUGUUUGGGUUCUCAGCAUCUGAAUUGGAGCCGGGUGGCAUCACUGCACGUGAACUGGUGGGAAGUCUGACCCCAUCAGUGCCUGCCUAUACACAGGGGCCCCUGCUGAGUUGCCAGUGGAGGGCCUGCGCUGUUUUGUCUGAGUGUGAGUGCAUGGUGGUCGUGCACUUGUCAAAAGGUAGUUGAGCAUGUGAGGGGAAACAGAGGUGGGGUUAGGGUAGACUGGAAAGAGGAAGUUGUGUGCUCCAGGGCUUGGAGUUAACAGUUACUGCAGGCCUCCAGCAUGUUACCUUCUCAUGUGUCAGGCUCCAUACGCCAAGGGGGGUUGCAGGUUUUCCUUUUUAGGAGGAAAAAAUCCACACUUGACCCACUGCAGCUCCAUUUUAUUUUAUAUUUUUUCUUUUUCCUUAGGUCUGCUUCCCAUCUGUGCUUUAGUAAUGGGACUGCUGGUAUUGCUUAAACCUGAAACUAAGAGUUCAGCUGAAUUGCUGUGGAGCAGACACAGUUCCUAUAUAAAGGGAGGCAUAUACUCUUCUCUUGCUUAAUUGACGUAGCUUGAUCUCUGGAGCCCAGGCAGAAGCCAGACUGGAGGAGAAUCUUUGGAGUUGUAAGAUGAAACCUGAACGCUUUGUUUGUUAUGGCACAAGCACUGCUUGGAGUGUUUAGUUGGAAAUUCAGAGCAAUUACCUCCAACAGAUGAGUUCAACAGCUCAUAAAAUGCUGUAGUUCACAGAGAAGGAAGGUAGAAGGUUGGUUUUGUAGUUUUCUUGGGUUGUUGUUUUUUUUUUUGUUUUGUUUUUUGGCUUCUGCAAGUUUUAAUUUUCAUCCUUCAAGGGAAAAAAAUGUGGAUUGUGAAGAUGUUCCAGCAUGCCCAGUGUCACCAAUUGUGUUUUGGGAAGUUGCUUUGUCUGCUGGAGUCAGAUGGAAGCAGAGAGCCUUCCUAAAGUUGGCUGGGUAGUGAGGCUUCACCACUGGGCUGGAGUCUUUGUAAAGCCCCGAGUGCAGGGCCAGCUGCAGGAGGAGGUGCUGCUGCAGCCCUCUGUGAGCCUAGGGGGACGUGUUCUCAGUAGGGUCACUAUGCUGGAUGCCAGUGGGCCCAGAGGAAGCUUAUCGUGGGGCUGUGUGGUAGUGAAAUGAAACAAAGCAGUAUUAAGUGGGUGUAAGGGCUCGCAGCACUGGCACCCCGACAAAGAGGUGCCUAGCAGGAAGUAGGCUGGUGGCUGAGGAAAGAAUAGAACAUAUCAGCAUCAGACUUAUCUGAAGGGUGCUUUGGGAUGCCUCUGUACCAGAACCAGCAGGAGUGGCAGUCUCCAUCCUGCAUCAUCCCACGUUCGCUCCUUGAAGGGUGAUUGUAACCUGGUCCUACACAGCACAGAACUACUACAGAAACACAGUACUCACCUGCUAUUCUUACCCGGUCAGUCUCUCCCUUCAAGAAGUUUGUGUGUUCCAAUAAAAGCAACCUAGCUGUGCACUUUUCUGUAGCUCUUGCUGAGAACUCUUCCCAGGUUGGCACCUGAAUGCCUUACUCUCAGCAGUCAGAGGCUUGCUUGCUCUGUGUGCAGGUUAUUGCCAUAGAAUAGUUAGGACCUACAGCUUCUUUCCUUCCCCAUUAAAUAGUGGCCUUGUUCAGUAUAUUUCUUUUUACAAAUUGCUUACUGUUGAAAGCAAUGAAGCACAUUCUAGGGUUUUGAUGGUUGGGGACUCUGGUGAUGGUUCCAUAUAAGGUGGGAUCUUACUACUUGCUGUAUUCUUAACUUCUGCUAAUAAAAGAACCAAAUGGAA